CAUUUUCUUCCCCUCCUCUUCUCCAACAACACUCACCAGGCGCUCGAGGACCCCCUUCAGUUUGCGCAGAUCUUCAAGAGAAAUGUAAGUGAUGACAUCACAUGGCCAUUCGAAAGUUGUGCACAGGGCUCGUGUACUCUCCCCCCCAAAAAACCCAUUGAUAACUGACGAACAUGUCCAGGACACAAAUCCUCAACACCCUCACUGGUGCCAGAGAAAGAAUUCUUGCAGCCAUCCCCUCCAUCAACAAAAUAUGUGCCGUCUCCGGGGCUCCUGGUCUAUCACUUGCGGUGGUACAUGAAGGCCAAACCCUCUAUGUCGGCCAUAUUGGUCACCGAGAUGUACAAUCUCAGCUUGCGCCAAAUGAUGAGACCAGAUACAGUAUGAACUCAAUGACCAAGGCAAUGGUGGCCGCCCUCGUGGGUAUCGAGGUGGAUCAAGGGAAGCUCGGUUGGGACGACAGGAUCAAAGACCAUCUGCCUCAUUUCAAAAGUACGGUCCCGGAGGUGGAAAACUCGGCGACCAUCUUGGAUCUGCUUUCACAUCGCUCAGGCAUCACGAAUUUCGAUUCGAUCUGGCUUGGCUCUCAGAAUAACCCCCUGUUGGGAAAUGAUCAAACUCUCGCCGUCUUUGGGGUCCUCAAGCCUUUGCAGCCAUUUCGAACAUCCUUUUUCUACAAUAACUGGGGCUACGAAGUGGUUGCCCUGGUCUUGCAAAAGGUCACGGGCAAGGAUCUCGCAACUCUUCUUCGCGAAAAUUUAUUUGAGCCACUCCAUCUGGACCGCACCAGCACUUCCUGGGAUCCAGCGGAUGACAACAACGCAGUCUCAUACGGCGUGCUUAGCGAUCUGUCCCCCGUUGAAGUUGAUCGCCCGAAGAUUGGCCGAGGUCAGAUUAUGGAAGCUGCGGGGGGCGUCAAGACCACCAUAACCGAUCUAAUCGCCAUUUACAAAUCAUACGUUUUCGCCAUUAAGGAUCAGUUUGAUAAUGGCACGGAUUCUUCUCCGGGAUCGCCUUUCAAGCAAUGUCGUGUGAUCGCAACGAAUCAUGCACGCAUGCCCCAGCCUCGGCUUCGUGAGGAGGGCUACGCUGCCGGCUGGGCUAGAGCUCAGCUUCCUAACGAGUUAGGCCAGGUGUCUCUUAACCCAUUGAUCGGUCCAGAACCCAUCGCGGGAAAGGGGUCGCCCUCCGAAAUUAUACUGUAUCACCAUGGAAGUAUGCCCGGUAGCACCUCCUGUGUCCACCUGGUUCCUGAGACCCAGUCCACUGUCAUUGUCCUCCAGAACAGCCUGUCAACCAACGAUACCGCGGACCUCUGUGGCCAGGCCCUUCUUGAGGCCCUUCUUGGGACUCCACGGCGCAAUGACUAUGUAACGGUUGCAUCAAAUUACACUUCCAUCGAUCUCCGUCAUAUGGAUAAAAUAAAGCAUCAGCUCGACUCGACGCGCGAUGCGCUAACCCCACCCCAAGAUUCCACGGCGUAUGUGGGACAUUACUAUAACGGACUCGGCAAUUUCUGUGUUGAAAUAUUCGAAGACGACGACGGCGCGAUGAAGAUGCGAUGGCAAGGCCUUCCGAUGGAAACAUACAUCCUGGAGCAUCAUCAUGGUGAUACCUUUACUUGGUGGAUGCCGUAUGACGAAGUCGCCCGUCGAGGCCGGUACAUUAUGGACUUUGCUGCGGAAUACUACGUUCUGAGGUUUUCGAAGGGCAGUGACCAUACUAGCAUACAGAUGAAAACACUCGAAUGGGCAUGGGACCCAGCGAUGCCGCAUACCCCCGAGGUGUUUACUCGAAGAACUUCAUAAGUCGAUACCCUUAGUAUUAGUGACUUCCCGGUUGAUUCUCGUAUUGUCUGUAAAUACAAAGACUCAGUACUUGUCGUCUGUAUUUCCUGCGGUCUAGAGAAGAUCACCA